AUGUGGCUCUACCUGGCUGCCCUGGUGGGGCUUUACCUCCUUCGACGAUGGUACCGGGAGAGACAGACGGUGGAGAACCUGACGGAGAAAUACGCCUUCAUCACGGGGUGUGCCACGGGCUUGGGGAACCAGCUGGCCAGGCAGCUGGAUGCCCGGGGCCUGCGGGUGUUGGCCGCGUGUCUCACACCGGAAGGGGAAGAACAGCUGGAGAAACCCACAUCGGACCGGUUAAAAACCACCCUGCUGGAUGUCACCAGCACUGAGAGUAUUGUGGCAGCAACUGAGUGGGUGAAAACAUGUGUGGGGAACAAAGCUCCCAACGAGUGGCGGACCAAGAAGGACUUUUUAUCAGUGCUGGACGUCAACCUGCUUGGGUUAAUUGAUGUAACGCUUCACAUGCUGCCCUUUGUAAGGAGGGCCAAAGGGAGGGUGGUCAACAUGUCCA